AGCCUAACUUUUCUCACUUCUGCAGGGCUGCUGAACGCACUCUACACCCAUUAACUCAUCACCCAAGGUUUGAGCUUGAAUAAUCCUAAUAAUGGCGACGGAUAUGACUCUUAUGUGGUUCAGCGGCUCUCCUCCGUGUUGGAGGGUGAUGAUCGCUCUAGAAGAGAAGAAUCUUCAAGGAUACAAUCAAAAGCUGCUCGAUUUCUUGAAAGGGGAGCAUAAAUCGCAGGAAGUGCUGGACAUCAACCCCAGGGGGCAGCUCCCUGCCUUCAAACAUGGCAACAACAUCCUAAACGAGUCUUAUGCAGCAUGUCUGUACCUUGAGGAGCAGUUCAAGUCCCAGGGCACCAGGCUUAUACCCAUGGCCGCCCCCGAGCAGGCCCUCACCUACCAGCGCAUGUUCGAGGGAGUCCCGUUCAUGGACAAGAUUGCUAACGUCAUUUACUACGAAUGGAAGUUUCCGGAGGGAGAGAGACAUGACUCGUCCCUGAAGAGACACAGAGAGGCCUUGACUGCUGAGCUCAAGCUAUGGGAGGGCUAUCUGGAGAAGCUUGGGGCGGGCUCUUACCUGGCAGGAAAGAACUUUACAUUGGCAGAUGUGGUGGUGUUCCCCUGCAUUGCCUACGUCUUCCGCUUUGGGCUAUCUGAGAAGAACUACCCCAGGUUGGCCGGGUAUUAUGGUCUUCUGAAGGAGCGUCCCAGUGUUAAAACCAGCUGGCCGAAGAACUGGCUAGAGACCCCCCAGGCAGAGGACAAGCUGAAAGACAUCUGAGACACACACGUGUCACAUUCCUGCAAGACCAUCUUCGAUGAUAUCAAGCCCGAUGCAUAUAUGUACUGAUUGGGUUUCCAUACAAAAUAGUUGUGCCUUUUGAGAAUUUGAAUGUGAAUUUUAAAAUCUGAAUGUGAUGCAAUGUUAAUGAAACAAUACAAAUGAGGUACUCAUGUUG